AUGUCGGUUUUAAUCGUUGUUAAUAUUGUUUUGUCUUUAGUUUUUAAAGACCACUAUACAGCGGCUCAAGACGUGGAGUCAGUUAUUCUUUAUGGUGAUGAUGCAAAGAUAGAAGAAUAUCCUUUCUACGCCAGUCUUAACAAUUGUGGUGCUGCUAUACUCUCCCACGUUUGGAUAUUGACGGCUGCUCAUUGUGUAGAAAACGUAGAUCGAUCUCAAAGGAACUACGUUUGGGUUGGUGGAGAGUCUUUUGCUAACAGCGUACGGGUACCAUACCAAAGAAUACACAUACACCAGGGUUACCAUAAACUAAAAGGAGUGCCAGUAAACGAUAUCGCCCUAAUACAACUCUCUCAUCCUUUACAAUACACUAAAAAGAUUCGACCAGUUAAAUUACCCAAUAGAUUAAAACCGAACACAAAUCUUAGUUUCGUUGGCAGAGGGAUUGAUGAGGGUGACUCUGGUAGUCCUUUAGUAUCUGGUAACACUAUCGUUGGUCUCGCGUCAUUUAUAGGUAACCUUGGUUGCAACAAUGUUCGUUUAGGUUUCUUUGUAAACGUUCCAACAUUUGUGCCAUGGAUAAAAGCAAUCACUGGACUUUAA